AUGCCUUCUCCUCUGUCUUUCUUUGUCUACGGUAUCGUGCUUUUGGUGGCAGCAUUUCUCUCCAGACGGCGGUCGAAUCUGAAAUCGGGCCGUAUAGGUAUCGACCCGGGCAUCUUUGGAUUCAGGCUUUGGGCUGCGAAGCAGGAGUUUCAGGCCAGCGGCCAUAGGUUAUUAGAUCGAGGCUACCAUGAAUGCAAAGACGAGAAUUUCUGGGUGCAAACGCCGGACAUGGAGCGCUUGAUUGUUUCUCCGAAGUUCCUGCCGGAACUGCGCGUGAUACCAGAGGGAAAGCUCAGUCACUCUGCCUCCUUGGUCGAAAGGCUCUUGGGGCAAUACAAUGGCAUGGAUGAGCUCAUCAAGAGCCGUCAGCAUUCUGAUGUGUGCAGAGUGCAGCUAACUCAGAAGCUUCCUUAUUUCGUACCCGACAUGAACGAGGAGUUGCGCUUGGCGAUGCCUGAAUUCCUAAAGGACGUGAAUACAGAAAAGAGCACCUCGAUUCCGACCUAUGCUUUUGCAUAUACGAUGGUCUUGAGCGUCGCUUCCCGAUCCUUUGUUAGCUUACCGACAAGCCGUGAUCCUCAAUGGCUCAAGGCAUCCACGGAUUGGCAGAUGACGAUUUGGCAAGUUGCUGCAGUACUAAGACCAUAUCCCGCGUGGCUUCGGCCCAUCCUUCGCCCGUUUCUGGCUCCAAAAUCUCAUCUGGAUAGGAUUUUGAAAAGUGCUCAUGACGUCCUCUACCCGCUCAUCGAUGAGCGCUUGCGGAGCGAAGAUAAACAUUUAGACCUCUUACAGUUCUUGAUUUUAACAUCCAAGAGCAUAGACAAACCGGCGCUCACACUGCGUUUACUGGGGCUCAUGACAGCAGCGCUCCACACAUCAAGCAUGGUCACCACGCAAGCACUGUACGAAAUGUGCGCAAAAACGGAAUACAUUGCCGACUUGCGCGCCGAGGCACUCGAGGCUUUGAGAGACAGCGAAUUCUGGGACCUGGCGCGCCUUAAGAAACUGAGAAAGUUGGACAGUUUCCUGAAGGAGACGAUGCGCUUGAACCAACCAGACUACCUCGGCUUUCACCGCAAGGUGCUCCAACCAAUUCCCCUCUCUAACGGCGUCACCCUCCCCAAGGGGCUCUACAUCAAUAUGGCCGCGGAUCCCCUCGCGAGAGAUCCCGCCAACUAUCCGGAACCGAACGUAUUUAGGCCGUACCGCUGGUACAAGCCAGAGCCCGACCACAAGCCCACGCUUGAGGAAGAGUUCACGGGCAUCGAGCCCGGCAAUAUCGCGUGGGGCUCUGGACGGUUGACGUGCCCAGGGCGUUGGUAUGCGAGCUCGAUGAUCAAAUUGAUCAUCGCGGAAUUGCUGAUAAAGUACGAUAUCGCAUUUCCCGAAGGUCAGACCAAAAGACCGCCGAACGUGUACUCGCCCGAUGCGGUUAGACCGGAUAUGGAGCAGGUGAUUUGCCUGAAGAAGAGGGUCUGA